CCUAGUCUGCGCCUGCGCAGAUGGGAAGCUCGAGGGGCUGCUUUCGGCAUGGGGGAACCAGAGCCGGAGCAAAUCCGUCUGAAGUGUGUCCGUAAGGAAGGCUUCUUCACGGUGCCUCCGGAGCACAGGCUGGGACGGUGCCGGAGCGUGAAGGAGUUUGAGAAGCUGAAUCGCAUUGGGGAAGGCACCUACGGCAUUGUAUAUCGGGCCCGGGAUACCCACACGGAUGAGAUUGUUGCCCUGAAGAAAGUGCGGAUGGACAAGGAGAAGGAUGGGGUCCCCAUCAGCAGUCUUCGAGAGAUCACACUGCUGCUUCGCCUCCGCCACCCCAACAUUGUGGAGCUGAAGGAGGUGGUUGUGGGGAACCACCUGGAGAGCAUCUUCCUGGUGAUGGGUUACUGUGAGCAAGACCUGGCCAGCCUUCUGGAGAACAUGCCAACACCCUUCUCUGAGGCCCAGGUCAAGUGCAUCGUGCUGCAGGUGCUCCGGGGCCUCCAGUACCUGCACCGGAACUUCAUCAUCCACAGGGAUCUGAAGGUCUCUAACUUGCUCAUGACGGAUAAGGGCUGCGUAAAGACAGCGGAUUUUGGUUUGGCUCGGGCCUAUGGCAUCCCAGUGAAACCAAUGACUCCCAAGGUGGUCACACUCUGGUACCGAGCCCCUGAACUGUUGUUGGGAACCACCACGCAGACCACCAGCAUCGACAUGUGCUCUGCCCCCAGCAGCUGGGGGACUGGUCCAGGCGGAGCCAAGGAGCUGAGAGGAGACCCCACACUCCUCUGCAGGGCGGUGGGCUGCAUCCUGGCUGAGCUGCUGGCCCAUAAGCCCCUUCUCCCUGGCACUUCCGAGAUCCACCAGGUGGACCUGAUCGUGCAGCUGCUGGGGACCCCAAGUGAGAACAUCUGGCCGGGCUUCUCUCAGCUGCCGCUGGCCAGCCAGUACAGCCUGCGGAAGCAGCCCUACAACAACCUGAAGCAUAAGUUCCCAUGGCUCUCGGAGGCUGGCCUGCGCCUGAUGAACCUCCUCUUCAUGUACGACCCUAAGAAAAGGGCGACGGCCGGCGACUGCCUGGAGAGCUCCUACUUCAAGGAGAAGCCCUUGCCCUGCGAGCCGGAGCUCAUGCCCACCUUCCCCCACCACCGUAACAAGCGUGCCGCCCCAGCCACGUCCUUGGGCACUGAGAGCCAGAGCCGGCGCUGCAGACCCUGACGGGUGGAGGCACUCCAGCUGAGCACAUCGCCUCCUGUGCCCCUGCCCACCUCUGCCCUGGGACAGCAGAGAGUGGACCUUGGGGGUGAUGCCAGUGGUACACUCUGAGGACCCAGCCACCCAGAGGCUGGCCCACAGGGCUGUGACGCCACAUCGUGGCUGGACUGGGUCCCACCUGUGGCCAGGCCUCAGACCCUCGGUUCCCAGGAGGAAAUCUGGCUGAGCCCGUCUCAGCGGGUGUUGCUGGCUUGGGACAAGCAGCCCUCAGACCUUGUAUGGUCACUUCUGUCCCCAGUUGAUCCCCAGGAUCUGCCUGGAAUGGAGAGGCCACGGCGACCCCCCGUGGUGGGGCUGGCAGACUUGGAGAGGGGAGGAGGGAUGGAGAUGUGGACUGAGUCUGAGCUGCUCUGAGACCCCUAGAGUGAGAGCCUUGGGCUGUGCCCUGUGCCCACUCCCCCACUCUGAGGCCCAUGGGGAACGGGGGUGGUCCGAGAGAUAAAUGCUUUCCUCAGAC